GAUGGAUACCAUAAGAAAAACCUUAAGACUUAUUUAUACGCAAGUUUCUCUAUUUUUCGCUAGCGAAAUAGAGCAUUCAGAGUCUGAAAUGAUGUGUACUAUCUGCUUGGACGAAUUUAAUCAAACACAAGCAUAUACGAAGUUUGCUUGUGGCCAUGCUUUCCACUUCGAAUGUGAUGUCUGUCCUAAUUGUCGAGCAAUCAUACAUGAAGUACCGCCUAGGGAAUUUAUUGGACUUUCGAAUAGAAGCGGAAACCUGCAUCCUGGCGGAGGGUCGUAUAAUGUUGUUCCUCAACCUGAAGUCUUCCCGAAUAUUCCUAGAUCGUUUCCUGAUGUGACAUACUCAGAUACUCACUCCAAACCACCUGCAGAUAGUAAUAAUAACACCGAAGAAGCUAGUCCUGCUUCAGAGUUGCGAGAUGGGUUUUUGUUAAUUGCUCCCAUGUUUCAAAUUUGUGGAUCUCGGGGUGAUCAUGUUGAUUACGGAUGUUUAUCCCCUCCAACAGCGGAAACCGCUCAACCACCAACAUAUGAGGUCGCCACUGCCAAUACACAACCAUUGAUAGAGGGUGGGAAUAAUACCAAUCUACAAGUAUCGACAGAUGGUGGAAACAUUGCAGAACAAUGA